GCCAAAUCUCCCCACCCUUCUGUUGCCAUGGUGACGCGGGAGCGCAGGGCUGGCAGCUCGGUGAUGUGUCACUGUGGCGCCGUCGCCUGUGUGUGACGUAGAGGCCGGGCGGUGAAGCUGAUGGGUUGGUUCUAGCAUCUACCGAAGCUGAUGUGUGCGGGAGGGAGAGACAUGGAGGCGUCCGUGACAGGUGUGAUAGUGCUGCUGGCUCUCACCGUGCGCUGGGCUGUGUCCCUGUAUCCGUACUCAGGCGCCAGAAAACCGCCCAUGUUUGGGGACUAUGAGGCCCAGAGACACUGGCAAGAAGUGACCGUCAAUUUGCCGGUGGAACAAUGGUACUUCAAUUCCACCGACAAUGAUCUUCUGUACUGGGGUCUGGACUACCCCCCUCUGACGGCCUAUCACAGCCUCCUGUGCGGCUACGUCGCCCGCAUGAUCAAUCCUGACUGGGUGGCAUUGUUCUCCUCCAGGGGAUACGAGAGCCUGCAUCACAAGGUCUUCAUGCGUGCGACCGUUUUAGUUGCUGAUUUGAUAGUUUACAUCCCGGCUGUUAUCCUGUACUGUUCCAAUCUGCAAGACACAUCUUCCAAAAGAAAAGCGCUGUCCCUGUUCUGCAUUCUACUGUAUCCCGGUCUCAUCCUCAUAGACUACGGCCAUUUUCAAUACAACUCUGUCAGCCUCGGCUUUGCACUGUGGGGAGUCGUUGCGCUCUCGCGUGGCUGGGAUGCCUUGGGGUCCCUGGCAUUUUGCUUUGCACUUAAUUACAAACAAAUGGAGCUGUACCACUCACUUCCCUUCUUCUGCUACCUCCUGGGAAAGUGCAUCAAGAAGGGAAUCACUGGCUGGGGGUUCCUUCUCCUACUGAAGAUCGCCGUGACUGUAAUUGCCGCUUUCGCCCUUUGCUGGAUCCCUUUCUUGACAGACGUUGAGCAAAUCUUUCAAGUCCUCAGAAGACUUUUCCCUGUGGGACGCGGCCUCUUUGAGGAUAAAGUAGCUAAUAUUUGGUGCAGUCUGAGUGCCCUGUUCAAGAUAAAGAAUAUUUUAUCAGCCGAGAUUCAACUACAACUGAGCCUUGCUUGUACACUGCUCGGAGUUCUACCAACUUGCGCCAGACUAACCGCACAGCCCACUUUCAGAGGAUUUAAACUCGCCCUGGUGAACUCCGCUUUGUCCUUCUUCCUCUUCUCCUAUCAAGUUCAUGAAAAGUCCAUCCUCCUGGUCUCCUUGCCAGUGUGUCUACUGAUCAAUGACCUUCCGAUGAUGGCGACCUGGUUUCUGCUGACCUCCACCUUCAGCAUGCUGCCGCUCCUACACAAGGACGGGUUGAUGAUGGCAUACGUUGUUACUACGCUGGCGUUCCUGCUGGUGACCACGGCGCUGCUGUCUUUCCACGAGAAUACCUCUGAAGAUUCCCUAAAACUGAAACCCUUCUGUCUCUCUGUAAGGAGAUACGUGUCCUGGUUUAGUAUUCCUGAGUCCCUGGUCAAACUUAUGUUCUUCCUGUCCAUGUUGGCGAUGGCCGCUUUGACCGUCGGGAGCUGUAUCUUACGUCCACCCCCCACGCUUCCAGACCUGUUCCCGAUGCUGAUCUCUGGUGUCUCCUGUGCGCACUUCCUCCUUUUUUUCGCCUACUUUAACAUAGUCCAUCUUUGGGAUGGCGAUAAAGGACGAAGCAAGAAGAAAGUAUCUUGAGCGGCUGUUGUACUUUUUUUUUUUUUUUUUAUUCUUUGUGUAUAUACGGUAUUUUACGGGGACCAAUAAAUCUAUUUUGUAAUAAAGGAUGGUUGUUUCAAGCGACUUCUGUUUUUCUUAAGUGUACUAACUGGAAAUUCUAAUUUAGAAAAAAAAAAUGCUAAAAAAUAAAUAAAAAAAAAAUAAAAAAAGGAUUUAGUAAAGUUUGCUUUUUUUGUGCUUUUGUACAGAAAGAGUUUCGGGUAAGCCCACACCUUGUCGGUGGUGAUCUGAUUCUGCCUGGCGGAAAUGCAAUGUUGUACUUAUUGAUACUUAUACGCUGGUCAGUGUGUAGACCGUAGGUGCCCGCAUGAAACUGCACCUUCAGAGGUGACUAUGAAGCCUCUUCUGAAACAUUCUGUCAGAGCAGUGUGAAAAUAAUACUGCCCCGUAAAACGGACUUGUUGAGAGGUGUUGCACAGCUUUUGAACAUCGCAGGGGGGUUUCCCUGUACUCUGCAGAAAUUUGACCCUGCUUUGUAGACAGGUGUUACGCUUAAUUAAUUGAAAUGUUUGUUUGGUUUACUUUGCCAUAAACAUAUUACUUUUACAUUACCAAAAAGAUAGCGACAAAUAAAUUCACGUCAUAAAAGCAAGGGUGCGGAUUGUCAUUUGCAAAUUGUUUAAAUCACUUGUCGCUUCUCUGUUGACGUUCAGUAUUUUGCAUCGUAUAAAUUGUCUAUUAAAUAAUAAGAUACAUUAAUUUCUGAUAUGUUUUUAUUUACGAUUCAGGAGUGGAGUUCUAUAUAUUGGGGGUGGGAGGUUUCGAAUUUUUUCUGUAAUAUGUACAAAUCUGCCAUUUCCAAUAACUCCAAGAUAAUAUAACGUGCAUGAAUGCUGUAAAAACCACAGAUAAUUAAAUGGUAGUUAAUGCUUUUAAACAUUUAGUAUUUAUAUCCGCAUUAUUCAAAGUCAGUUUUGUAUAUUGCAACUUUGGACAAAUAUUGUGUAAUUACAAUCUUUAGUAAAUUAUUUACACAUCUUGGAAAAAAAAAGGAGAAGAUUCUAAUUUUUAUGCCUCACGUUAUUAUUUGGACUUCACAACAAGUAAUAUUAUUAAUAAUAAUAGAUUCUGGUAAACAAUGUAAUUUUUUUUUAAAGGUUAAAAAAAUAAAAAGCCGACUUUCGUCCCAAAUCUGUCCAUAUUUACAAAUAUUUCACUGUAUUUUUCCAUACUUGUGUAGAUUUUUUGUUCUUAUUUAUUUUAGACUAUUGGAUCCAUUAUAUGUGCAUAUUUAUUUUGCUCGGAAUUAGCAAUGGAAUUUGAAGUUAGUGUGCACUUAAACCUGAUGAGCUGUAUUUAUAGCCAAUAACUAUGUACAGUAUGUCCUCGUAGUAUUAGUAAAAAUAUCUUAAUUACUGUGUUUUGUUAAAGGAGCUGUAUUGAAGUGAGUGCUGACAGAGUAUCCGGGGAUUUGUCUUAUCAUAUUUGUUACAGUAUAAAUGGUUAUUACUAGCUACAAGCCAGGGACCAUUCUUUCCGGCAACAUUUCCACACAUUAAUUAUUUGUUCUUCAGCCUAAAAAAAUCUUUUUGAUGGGCACUGAUGCUCUGUGGCUGACCGAUGAAUGUUACACACUUGCUGAAUUAUUUGUUGAUUUAUAAUAAAAUGUAAAUAUUGUAUAAACGGGGUCACUGCUGUAGGUUCUGGGUUUUUGUGUUUGAAUUCUGACAUUUGUGUUGUGUUUUGAAAAUAUUUAAUGAUUCAAAAAUAAAGUGGUUUAAGUUAA